AUGCGCCCGUCAUUGCUCUUUGCAUGGGUAGCUGUCGUGGCUGCACAGCAGGAUCCUAUUGAAGAUUUUUGCCGCCGCCACCAGCAUCAGACGUGUGUGAUUGAUGACAAACUUUACAUUGAUGGCGGAAAGGUGUUUUAUGGCGGGUCUAUCGAAAAUGGUAGCAUUGCGCAACAAAACACUCGUUUGUUGUGGGAGAACGUUCUAGCCACUGACAAUGAGACCGAGUUUCCAACUCAGUAUAAGAAUCUGACGAAACAUUCAGAGGUGCCUUCCGAGAUACGAGUAUUUGACAUAAACGAGAACAAGUGGUUCACCCAAAUUGCCAGUGGAGACGUGCCUUCCCCAAGACGUGGCGUUUGCGCGGGUGUGGCCUGGGCGAACGAUCAUUCAUCUUAUAACAUUUAUGUUCAAGGUGGAGUCAGAGAUGACGGUGCGACAUUCGGGGAGACAUACAUACUAACAAUACCUUCCUUCCAGUGGAUACUGAUAUAUCCGGAACCUAGUCGCCUCCCGAACAUAGCUGCAGGAAAAGGUUGGUCUUCUUGCAACGUAGUUCGGAGGAGUUCCCAAAUGAUUAUUAUUGGUGGUUAUUAUGCCAAUGCUUCGUUCACGCAAUGCGACGUACCAAAAUACUACGGGCAACACGGUCUCCUUCUGGGUCAAGAGAGCGCAGAAGUUGCUCCACCGGAAGUAAAGUGGUUUUGGCGGUUCUGGUCAGGGUACAACAAGUACCGAGUACCUGACAAAAUCGUUUCACUUAUAGGUGGCAAUACCGAUGGGCAUGCUACCAGAACAAUGCCAUUACAAGGUUGGACAACCCCAUCUCCUCUGGGACCAUACUUCCAGCACCUGAAUUGGGAGGGUCCACGCACGGCAUCGAGAGCUCUACCGGGAACACCAACCGCAAGCAAUCAGCCUACUCAAAAUUCGCAGAGUGGACCCAAUGUCGGUGCUAUUGCAGGUGGAACUGUAGGCGGUGUGGUCGCCCUCGUCGCAUUGAUCUCCACCAUAUUCUUUUGUCUCCAUUGCAGACAUAGCCGGGAAGCACCCAAUCAAAGCCAAACAGAACUUGACUCCAACACCAAAUCUGAGUUGGACGGUUUCCAUAAAUCCAAUCCAAGCCAUACCGGCUCCGAGGGUGGGACUGAGAUGAGCUCCACGGGUUCAGCUACCUCAUGUUCACCCCAAUUCUCACUACCGCAUGGCACCAAUUCCUGGAAUAGAAAUCAAGCCUACUAUCAAGUGUCGCCACCUCAACGUGGUGAAGAAUGGACUCAACAAGGUGCCUAUUACCCACCGCCCCCGGACCUUUCACAAGCAUACAAGCACCCGCACGAGAUCAGCGCAGAACUACCGGAAGCUAGAAGUCCAGUAAAUGCGGAAUUGUCAGAUUUGAGCAGCCCAGCAUAUGCUGAUUUACCGGAUUCACGAGGGGUCUAG